AAUUAUUCUGUAUAGCUAGGCGUGGUUUGUGAUUACUAAGUGAACCAGUUGAGUAAUGUUUAUCUAUGUAGACAAUAAUUAAUAAUAUACUGAAAGCGUUAAUAAAUACUGUUAAUAUUGAACGAAAUUGAGGCGAUUAAACGAGAUAUUUUAUUGUUGAGACAUUCGAAGUUUGUUAAAAAAACAACUAUACAAUCGUUAAAAAUGUAUGUUUUAAUCAGAACUAUAAUGCCGGUCCAUUGAUUACCGACAAUUCGUAAUAAAAUGUUUUUUAUUUGUCUCUUUAAUUUUAGGGAAAUCGUGAUCGCAUUUAUUAAUUACUUGUCUGGCGCAAUGAAAUCAAAUGGGUUUUGCUUUCUGGCUUACUGCGUUCUUAUUUUUAAAAAAACGCGACGGUAACGUUGUCGGGAAAUUAACAUACGUUACGAAUCGAUUUGUUUCGGAGUAGGAAAAAAAAAUCUGUAAGAAAACUCCAUAUUAUGCAAAGGAAACCGGCGAAACCGUCGGUCGGAAAGUAGUGAACGCGCACCCGCUUCGCACGUCGCUUCCAGGCGACGUUCACACGCCACAACUAGGCCGGCACUUGUUGUCCCUACGAUUGAAAUAAAAAUCCGAAACAACAUGACCAGAUAGGUGUACAAUAGCCCACAUCGUGUCCCUCGUGGUCGGCGCAGGGCGUUAGCACAAUGGUAAUAUUAUGGUUGCGGCUACUGUGAAAAAUGUUUCCGAGUUGGGUGUAACGUCCGACACGGUGGGAGAGCGACCGAGAGAUCACUUCCUCUGGUUACGGCAAAACUAAUAUUAUAGUCGUUAAGGAAUAUCUAUAAGAAAAAAAAAACACUAGCUAGUAAUAACAACAAUAAGGAAAACACAUAGAUGUAUACCGGUGAGUGGAGGGAGAUAUUCGGUUAACGCCAGGACGACGGUGCAGCCAGGAAGGAGUGUAUCGCCUGCGCGUUAAACAACCAUUACCCUUAAUACUCUUAGGUGUAACACAUCAAAAACUUAAUUGUGGCUGUUAUUUGUAACAAUUAAGUCGCGCCCUACCCCUUCGGACAAGUUAAGAGCGACAACACCCACGCAUUCGAACAACCCACAGUCGUUUAGUGGAGUUUCGGCAGACGUUACCGUCAUGGCCAACGACAAGUCUCUCAAGGAGUCGCUGUUGGCAGCUUCGCCUUUUCUCAUCAAAGUCGUGGAAAUCCUCUUAGGAUUGACCAGCAUGUGCCUCAUCGUCAGCCCAUAUUCGUCUAGACUGCACACGAGCACAGGACGGGCAGGGUUCGUAUACUCAGCUAUGUCUGGAGCAGUCCUCGUCGACCUAUUGAUAGUGGCCAGUCAUUUCCUUCAACAGCGGAUACCCAAAAAACCGUGUUUGGUCGUAUCCUGCUGGUAUGGAGCCAUGUUGGCCAUAGCUGCCGGUGUAAUAUUCUCAGACUGGAGAGCCCUACAGUUUGCUUUGCAAGUACGACCGUCCAAGCACCGAAUGGAUCUGAUGAUUUCCUCGGCUGUGACCACCACUCUGACUUCGCUAACGUUUUUCGCAGACUUUGUGUUAACUUUUAAGUAUGGGUAACGUUACAGCCAAACAGCCAACAACCUAAUCGCCUAUAAUUCCUAUGGCAUUACCCAAGUCCUAACCAAAAUCAAUUACAACCAGAUUGGAAACAAGACUUUAAAUAAAACUAUUAUUAUUAUUAUUAUUACUAUUACUGUUGUUACUAUAUUACAUACAUACAGAAGGCAACACAAAUCACCAUAUACACCAAACGACUAGGCUUCAUGAUUUGUAAGGAUUGUUAUUUUUUUUGUUUUACGUCACCACACUCUUAUUAAUAUUUUUUAAUCAUAUUUAACUUGUACUAUUUUGUUUUAUGUAUAAAUGUAUUUUCAUACUAAGAGUUAAUUAUAUAAAAUCAAAUAUAACUUUUACAUCUAUAUUCCAACAUAGUUUCCAGGUUGGAACAAUCACGCCAUGAUAGGGGGUUCAAUAAUGGUUUUAAACCGUAAGAUAACUUAUUGACAUUCCAAUCAGGUCAUUAACAUGUUAAGGAUUAUAUGAAUUUAAUAUCAAAAUAAUUACAAUACAAAACUACCUAAUGUUUUUUCACGUAAAGUUUGAUAACGCUAAUAUUGUAACUGCGAUGGUUACGAAAUAAUAAUAAUUAACAUAACAAAUCAAACUUGGUAGACUACCACACAUGAUUAUUGUAGCUGAACACUAACAUAAAGCAUUAUAACAGAAUGAUAGAUUACAAUAAUGUAAGUAUAGAUUAUUAAGAAACCAGUUCGAGUAGAUUUAUUAUACAACUAUAAUAGUACAUAAUAAUUAUCUACAUUUAUU